CUCACACAGAAGGAAAAUGUAAUUUAGAAAUCCUUUCUUUUUUCUUUUCCAUUUCUUUUCCAUAAAACUAACUAUCACUAUUUUCUUUUUACUUUAAUAACUGAUUAUCGCACUACUAAAUUAAAAGACGAAAGAAGAACCCAACAAGAAACAGCUCGUUAAAGAUAUACAAAAAAUAUGGAUAAAAGAAAACAAGACAUUUUGUCACAAAUUGAACAAGCAUUUAGAGUUACUGAUGAGCAGUUGAAUAAGUUAGUUGAAGGGAUCAAUGAAGAAAUGAGAAAUGGAUUGAAUAAACUGGAAACUGCAACUAAGACGUCUGAGUUGAAAAUGAUACCUUCUUAUGUUACAGGUUAUCCUAAUGGCUUCGAGAAAGGCACUUACUUAGCACUUGAAAUCAGCGGCGUCGAUAUUUACGUUUGUCAAGUAAAGUUAAAAGGCGAAGGCGGCAAACUAGCCAUUAACCAAUACCAAUAUAAGAUACCCGAUAAUUUGACAGCAGGCGACGAUAUCACUAUCUUGAUCGAUUAUGUUGCUGACUGUGUUACUGAUUUCCAACAAAGAGUGGGCGCUCAUCAACAUAUUGUCUACAGUAUGGCUAUCAGCAUUGGAUUUGCCGUUGUGCAAACUGGAUUAGACAAGGGCAAAAUCAUUGCACUUGAACAUGGAUUUGAUUUCCCUAAUGUCAUUGGAUGCGAUGCUGUUGAUCUAUUUGAUAAACGGUUCAAAGCAAAAGGUUUAGCAGUGAAAAUAGUUGCUAUCGCCAAUGAUGGCGUUUGUACAUUAUUAGCACAUGCAUAUCAGCAUCCUUCAACGCGAAUCGGCAUCAUUCACAGUGCAGGUACAAAUUGUGCCUAUUAUGAUAAAAUGUCAAAUAUCGGUCAAUUCAAAAAUAGACUUAAACAUCAGCAGCAAGAGGACAUGAUCAUCAAUACAGAAUGGUGUAAUUUUGGGGCACGACAUUUACCCAAAACGAAAUUUGACGACUUGCUAGAUAUACAGUCUAAUAACCCUGGUAUACACAUAUUUGAAAAAAUGACAACGGGCAUGUAUUUAGGAGAGAUUGUACGUCAAGUGUUAGUCUAUUUGGUUGACGAGGGAGUAUUAUCGUUCACAAGCAGCAACAAUAUUAAUAGCAACGCAAAUAAUAGAAAUAACAGUUGUGAUACAAUAAAUAGCAACAGUAAGGAUGACUCUAUGGACAUGGACGCUGAAGAUGGAGACAUAGAUGAAGAAUUAGAAGGCGAAUGUUUAUUAACGAUACCAUAUCAAUUUGACACAAGCUAUAUGUAUGUUUGUGAAGCCGACGAAGAUGAUGACGAUCAGCUAGAAGAUACACGUUUAAUAUUAGAAGAUAUGUGUCGUGUGGGUGAAACGAGUGUAGAAGAUAGGAAAACUGUAAAGAAAGUAUGCGAAUGGGUAGGCCAACGGGCUGCACUGUUAUUGGGAGCUAGUAUUGCAAGUGUAGUGAAAUAUAUGGUUGAGGACGGGAUCGGAUUAGACUCUGAGAAAGGAUUUGCUAUAGGUAAACCUACACCAAUUGUAAGAUGUAGGGUAACAAGUGCUGACUCUAAUUCUUCUGCCCCAUCUUUCAAAUAGCGAUUAGUGGUGAUGUGUACAAAGAUUAUCCAAACUUUCAUCCACGGGUUUGCGAGGCAAUAAAAGAAUUAAUACCAGAAGAGGUUGCAUGCAGAUUGUCGGUGGGUAUUGUACAGCAUUCGCGUAUCGUAGGUGCAGCUAUUGUAGCAAUGAUGGCUGAAAAAAUGGAUCAAGCAACAGCAAUGGCAUUAGAAGCGAAUAAUCUGUAACUAUUCGCACGUUCUUGUUUCGCUGGCUACUAUUUUGGAGCAUCUUAAUCAUCAACAUUCCGUUAGUUACAUUAAUAGAAACUCCUUUUUUGUUUAUCGUUCCUGUAUGAUACAAAAGAAGUUUUGACAAUCGUUUACUUAUUGAAACAUGUUUUUUUAUUAUGUUUAUUAUAAAUAACCUGAAUUGAAACUACAUGACAAAUACCA